CCCCGUCCUCUUUUUCAUCGACUCAACUCACAACCCUCCCUCAAAUUUCCCAUCUCUCUCUCUCCGUCUCCCUUUAUUUCACGACGCCUACUCAGGGACGGCGGUCCCCCUCCCUUUUUCCCCCACCCUCUUUCCCCCUUCACCCCUCUCUCUCCCUCUCGGCAUUAGACUCCCCCUUCGAGAGAGAGAGCCAUGGCGGGCCAACGCCGGGCAAAGAAGUCCGGUAGGGGGCCUGCGGCGGCCGGCGGCGGCGGCAGGAAAGGCAACAACAAUGGAGCGGAGAGAGCAACGCGGUCUCGCAAAGGAAGGUUCGCCAAUCUAGAUGAUCACCCGGAAGCAGAGCUGCGACUCAAAAGACGGCUCAAAGAGAUGAAUCUUUACGCAGCCGAUACAAAGGGCGAUGGCAACUGUCUCUUCAGAGCCCUCUCGGACCAAUUGUAUGGCGACGCAGCACAUCACUACAGGCUGCGGCAGGAGCUGUGCGACUACAUCGAGGCAAAUCCGGAGAGAUUCCGGAAUUACAUUGAAGGGUCCGAGGUGGAGAGCUACGUGCACAACAUGCGUCAGGACCACGUCUAUGGCGGCGACAAGGAAAUCAGCGCAUUUGCCUUUGCCAAGCAAAAAGUCGUCAAAAUCAUUGUCGGUGGUGACGACUUCAACAUUCAGGACGAUAUCCAGGACGGCGGACGGACGAACCGGGAGAGGGAGCGAAAGGAGAGGCAGCGCCGCAAGGACCAGAGCAAGGUGCCUAUCGGCGCUACGGGCGCACCCUUGACGGCUCGGGAGCAGCGGCGGAUCAAGAGAGGCAAGGGAAAGGACUGCGACGAGGGUAAGGCUGUCCAGGCAGGGCCUUCGAAGCUUCCCGAUGGCUCCAUUGUGGAGGCAUACGGUCCUGUCUACCUCGCAUACCAUAAAUGGGAGCACUACAGUUCCGUGCGGAAGAUCGGAGGGCCUCAUACCGGCUUGCCUCGCUUGACCGAAGGGAACAACGACAUUCUCAGCGGUGCAAACGGCCGACGGCGGGACGACGAAGAAGAGGAAGAGGAAGUGGAAGAGGAAGAGGGAGAAGCGACAGACGGCGAGAGGCUUCUCAUCGAGCACUUGCAAGAACCCAUCCCUCUGCGGACGGCACGCUUCUAUAUCCGCCAGAACGAAGGCGAUUGGAAGAAGGCUCUCGAAGCGCUCGAAGCGCUGCACUUGGCCUCUUCGCCCGAGGGGAGCUCCAAUGUUGACCAAUCCGACGACGGAGACGCUCAGUCUUUGGAUCGCAGUGGGAGCGAGAGCGCGGAUGAAGAGCAUGACGAUGAUGAGACCGACUACGAGCCGGACGAGGCGAUACGAUCUCGCCCGGUGCCGUCUUUGGACGACGAAGCGUUCGAGGCUCGCGAUGCCGUUCGGCAACGCCAGAGCCGGCUCUCUCUUCACCAGAGAGCGGAAGAGCGGUCGGCUUCGGUCUCUUCACGCGAAGCAGAAGCCGUUGCCGACGCACUCGACGCUGAGCGAAGGCGAUCUGGGGAACAACUCGAAGAUGAUGAUCACGACAACAUGGUCCUGGACAACUCGCAUCUGUACUUUGGCUUGUCCCACGACCCCCGACACGGAGGCUUGCCCGACCAUCUUCGAGAUUGGCGCGCCGCCAGCCCCGCUUCGGUUGACACUGCGGGCACACACAGCAGCGCAGACGGGGCGAGCACCUCUACCCGCGCCACGACCGACGAAGCUCACGACGACGGCCAAGGCAGCACAGCCUCGACUGCAAAGUCGCCACCCACCGAGGCCGGUGACGGCGUCAGCAGCAAGUUGGACGCGGCGAGGAGGAGCAAGAGGCCUGCGUCAAAGGACCCUAUCUCCCUGCGAAGCCCUAAGCGACGGUCCAGGAGCCGUUCACCUGCCGAGAUGCCGCACGACGAUGGCGAGACAACGAGCGCGGCAAGAGCAAUUGCCAAUAUCCGAGUCGCAACGGGCAACUCGACGCCCGUGCACACACGCUCCGAUCUCGAGCUCUCUUCUUCGCCGACCUCAUCCUCCUCUUCGGCGGGUUACGGACUGCGGUCCAAAGCAGCCCUCGCAUCCACUCUUCCAUUGGAGAGGCGCGAAUUACCGAAGCUCGUCGCCCUCGAGUCGUCUCAGUCCUCAUCUCCCCAGCAUUACCAGCAUACCCUUACACCGGCCCCCACCUUGCUGCGCAAGCGUGGACCCGGUCGGCCGAGAAAGGACGGCCUUCCACCAGGAAGCCUCAAGACGGGCAGUGGCGCCGAAGCGGCCAAAGCUCCUUCAACAGCAGCUGUUGCCAGUCUCUCCGAUCGAGGCCCUUGAUAUUCAACUUGCACCAAUCUGCUCGGCAUUCCAGCUGCUCUCCCGAUUAUUUACCUCGUCUUGCCCCCCUGUCAGUCAUACACCUCAGACGCUCAGCAUUGUACUCAUAGAUCAACAACUGCCAUAUCUAGUCAUUUGAUCCGUCACUGCUUUUUACUCGACGAUUGGGGCCAUUCUGCUGAAGGUGGCAAGCCGCGGUCGUUGGCUUCAUAGAUGUCGUGGCGGAAGAGAUGACCGGCAAAACAGAUGACCUUCAAGAGGAGCAUGAAAGAUCGCCCGUAUCGAAAGUUUUCAGGCUACUUUGAAGACAGCUAGGCACGCAGGUUGAGGACAAGGAAGGCAAAGGGGUGCAGUACGCAUCUUCGGGCACGCCACGAUCUUCGGCUUAAAGUACUCGGAG